AUGAUAGUUGAACCGACCAAAGUCGGAGAACAAGUCCAACAACUUGGAAACAAAACCGAAUGCGGCCUGCUGGGAUUUGUUCAGAGAUUGGGCGGAGACUAUGCCACUAUCAGAAAGAAGUUUCCAGAAGAAUCAUUUGAAAAGGUCUACACUUUCAACUCUUCCCGAAAAUGUAUGAUGACCGUAAUUCGACUAGUCGAAAACGGUGUAGAUGUUGGCUACAGGGUAUACUGCAAGGGUGCCAGUGAGAUUAUUCUUGCCAGAUGUUCUUAUCUGAUCGGCUCCGAUGGCAAGCCACAUCUGUUCUCAAGCGAAAGGUUCAAGGAGAUUAUGGCCACCAUAAUUUCACACAUGGCCAGCAAU